AUGUAUGAUUGGGGUGGUCCUGCUUUUGCAAAAUUGUAUGUGGCACUCAACGCAUCUGGUAGGGGACAGAAGUCAUUAUCUGGGCCGUUCCAAAUAUUAGAGUUUUGGGGAUAUGAAUAUCUGGGCAUAUGUAGACCGUGCGACCCAACUAGUGAAGAAAAAUGGCCAAGAACUUCCCGGUGGAAAGCGAAGAAAAAGACUAUCGAUAUUGUUCACUGUAGGAAUGCGCUUAAUCAGUUGACUGCAGACAUCGUGACAUGGAGACCGUGGGAAUCCGCCAUUGGUGUUCUUGACUCUGAUGUUGGUCGCAGGGCUGUGGAGCUUUCAAACAAAAGGGUUAUAUUUACUUGGAUUGGCAAGAAUAUGUGGUACCUAGGAGAACGAUCUUGGAGGCAAAAUCAUCCUACUUUUGGAAUUCCUAGAAAUCCACCAUUUAAAAUUGGCGAGGUCAGUCAUGAGAAAGCAAAACUUGUGAAAGAAGCUGGAUGGGUAGAUGCAAAUAUGUUUGUGAAAGCUGUUUCAUAUAAUAUGUAUCUGCGAUAUUGGCGACAUGUAACUAACUUCCAUCAAUUCGUGACCAAAGUCGAUUGGGUAGUUGAAUUACACGGGGUUGAUGGUGACCGUGUUAAACACCUUAUUCAACGACCUGCUCAGCAUGUACCUAUUCCACCACCACAACAAUUAUCAUACCCUGAAGCUUAUAAUCUAGUUCAAGAACAUGCCGAUUUUAAUCGUGCGUUUCGCGAGUUUGUAUUAUAUGAAACGGAAGACAGGAUGAUACGUUUAAAGGCAAAAGAUGAAGUAAUACGAGGCCUUGCAGCUAGUAACAAUUACCUGGAGGAUCAGAUGCAAUUCCGUAUGCAACAAACGCCGCGUCCCCCUAUUGGAUUCGGCAGUUUUUCUGAAACUAUCCCACCAGCGGUGUGGGCUCCACCUCCGUUUCGCUUUUACUCAUCAGAUGAAGAUGCGGUUGCAUUGAGCCGAAAUAAUCUAGCAGUUAGUUUGGGAACUGCCAUUACAAGUAUGACAUGGUCUCAUACUCGUAUAAAAAUACCAAGAAAUCGUGAAGCCGGAGAUAUACUUCUCUGGAAUGACUACUUUUCUGACAACCCCACCUACCCAGCUAACAUAUUUCGUAGGAGAUUCAGAAUGCGGCGAGAAUUGUUCAACCGAAUAUUGGCAGAUGUGGUGUCUAGAAAUCCUUAUUUUGCUCAAAAAAGAGAUGCUUGUGGCAUUCUUGGAUUAUCCCCUCAUCAGAAAGUAACUGCAGCAAUCCGAAUGUUAGCUUAUGGAUGUGCAGCAGAUGCAAUAGAUGAGUAUUUACGCAUUGGAGAAACCACCGUUUUAGAAGCAACCCGUCGGUUUUGCAAGACGAUUGUGAUUCUUUCCGCACCUCUUUUGGGUUUUUCUGAUCUUAGACUUCACUGCCUCAGUUCAUCCUCCUCUGCUGCUCCACCUUCAAGAGAAAUCCCCACUUUCCAAUAA